UCUCGUUCACACUUCAGUACUUCACGCAAUGGCACCGAACCUAACGGACCAGACGUAUUCUGUUUAGUUCAAUACUUCAAUAUGAUAUUUUAGAUACAGUGCGUUCUUAGUGAAAAAAAUCGUAAAUCAUAAUACUCCAGUCUUUUGCACGCGCAACAGCUGGUGACACCCGCCAGUCAAUCCUCGAUUUGCGUCCGUAGGCAAUUUUUUCAAGAGCAGUUUUAAUUUUUCUUCAUUCAGUGUAUAUAGUUCAGUUAAUUUUGAGGAUUUCGAGUUUCGUGUUCAAAACCGGGUAAAAUUGAUUGCGAGUAACUUGGGUUCAAAGUUUAAACCCGUUUUGAUGCCCCGAUUUCGCCAUGUACCCGCAAGUGAACAAAGAAAAUAAUUUGCCAUCAGCUCCACCAUCCUAUUUGGACUCAAUGAAUGCUCCGAAGUAUGAGAUCUACAAUCAGGGAGAUAUCGGAGGCCAUUCAUACUCCACGUCAACAAUGGGGCCUCCACAGCCCACUCGAGUGAUCGUUGUCCAAGAAAAUCCGGAGAUUUUACCACCAUUGGGUCCAAAAUCAGUACAGUUGAUAUGUCCAACGUGUAAAUUAUUGGUGAUGACAAGAAUUGAAGAAGAGUCAUCAUCUAAUGCUUAUUUUUGCUGCAUGUUGUUAUUUAUUAUUGGAUGUUUCGUUUGUUCAUGUCUGCCAUUAUGCAUGGAUAACUUUAAGAACAGUAAGCAUUCAUGUCCAAAUUGUAAUGCUUUUAUUGGGAUUUACAAACCAUAAGCCAAUAAUAUUAUUAAUCGCCAAAUUAAUCAAAUGUGCAAACUGCAACUGCAACUGCAUAAAAUACUUUAUAUUCCUCAUUAUAUUAUUACAUUCAUUACUAUUAUUACACCUUUAAGUUUAUUUUUGACAGUAUUUCUUAUUUGGUGAACUAUUCAAUUUUGGAAUAGUUAUACAUAAUAUACCUCUGAUUGAACUUGGUAGUGAAUACAGUUAUCGUAUAGUUAUCUGGACAUUUAUAAUUCAAGUGUUCUCUUAUGAUGUUAAUACAAUUAAUAUAUUUAUAUUCUAAAAGAAGAAAUAAGUAGGUAAUGAUCUUUUGUAUAACUGAAACGCAUUAAUGUUUAUUCUAUUGUUUUUAUCCUUAAAUCAAGUUAUAUUAUAUAAAUAAAAUUGUUUGUGAUAAGUUGAAAGAGAGAAAAGGUUCAUUGAUAUAAAAACUGGAAUCCAACUAUUUAUUUAUUUUUAUUGAUAAAUAUUCCAAUAAUCUAUUAGCAGUGUUUUUUAUUUGUUCCAUAAGUAUCACCAGCUGCGUAUUACUUGCAUCCCGUAAGGUUGUUGAUAAUAGUGUAUAAUAUUACGGCCUACGGGAUGUAAGAGCGUCCCACAGACGCAACUUAUCUAUCGUAUUUAUCGAAAACUUUUUUUUUUAGGAAUUCUUUUAUUUAUAAUUAAAUAAUAUAUUAUACGUAUAACACGGCACACGUGUGAGGAAUGCGUAACUAUUUUAUUUCUAACAACUUUUAGAAGUUUCAUAUAUAGGGUACGAGUGUAUAACUAUUACAACUAUAUUCAUUAAACGUCUAAAAAAAAAAUAUCUGUUUAAAAUCACAAAUGAAUAAGUUGAUGUCGCUUUACAGUGCCGCAUUUAGACAUUUUGCGCCCCGGUGCAAAACGAAAUUGGCGCCCCCUAAGUCCCGGUGAAAAAAAGAUUGCUACCCCUAAGGGGCCUACCCACGGAAAACAUGGGAGAUAGAUCCUCAUUAACCUUUUAGAUUUUGAGCAAAGAAAAGAAUAUUUGUUUUACAAUGUGUGCUUUUUAAAAAAAAAAUUUGUUUAGUAAUUGCUUGAUCCUCUCUCCGCAAAGAUACAUUUGAAUUUAUGUCGCUUAAACCUUGCUUAUAAUUCAUCAUAUAAGUUGUUUUUUUUUUUAACUUAUUUAAGUAGGUACUUCGUGAAUAAAUAAAAUACAACCAUGCAAAUUAAUAUUUUAUAUUUUUUUGUAUAAUAUAGUAUUUUAUAAAAAUAA